AUGACCUCCUGCGCAGAGCUGUGGCCGGCUACUGCUGUAGUCUCAGUCUGGUCCGAGCGAGCAUCUCCUUCUAUGCCUCACUGCUCCUCUGCUUGUUUUUACAACAGUCACAUGAUAUUCGCCUGCUCCUCGCCCCAUCCCACCCCACCACCAGCCGGCAACCGCCAUGCAUUCAUCCGAGCCCAGUCCGGCUCGGGAACGGCUGUCGGGAUUGUGCUGGGGAGUGCGGGAGGGGAUGGGGGCAGAGGGGUGGGGGGCGGGGGGAGAGGAGACGGAACUGGGGACGCUGGAAGCGGGUUAGGGCGGGAAGACGUUGAGACAGGGGCGGGGGAGGCGAUAUGGGGAGGGGUUGAGGGGGGGAGCGGGCAGGGGUUGCAGGGAGCGGGAGAGGGGGGAGGUGGGGGGGGUGUUGUGGUACUGACUCCCGAGCAGCUCCUGGCGCUCUUUGACUCCCUGCCCGCCCUCUCUGCUCCUGAUGCACCUGUAUCCCCGCCUCAAGGAAUGCUUGCAGUGGCAUCUCCUGUCAAUGCUGCAUUGACGGCGGGCCUGCACCAGCACGCACAGCACCUCUUCUCCCUCGCGCUCCUCCCCCGCUCCUCCCUCCAUCCCACCCUGCACACCACAGCCCAGGCCGGACUAGAGGUCGGAGCUGGGUUGGAGGAGCAGAGAGCUGGUGCUGGGGGAAAGCAUGGGAGGGAGAGCAGGGCAGAAGUGGGGUACGAUCCAUGGAUGCAAUUCCUCAUGGGUAGUCCUGGUCCUCCCAUGGAAUUCGAUGCACCAGCACGGAUGCAUGGUGGUGACUCCUUGACUUGCCACCGACUGCCGUGUCCGGAUCCAGAGUCAUUGGAUUUGAUGCUGCGAGCCAUGGCACGGGAUGGCCGGGACUUGUUUGACCUGCUGCGACUGGUGCGGCUCACACACGCUGCCAUGGACAGAUCACAUGCUGACAUGAACGGGUCACAUGCUGACAUGGACAGGGCACAUGCUGACGCAGCCAGUAUGCAUCUUGACAUGGCAGAAGGAAACCCCGCUCCUGCUGCAACUGCUCAUGAGGCAGGUAGCAGCAGCAAGCAAUCCCCUCCGCGUACCCACACCCUCAGCCCAUCAGCUUAUAGCAGCCUCAUACGCGCGUGUGUGAAUGGCGGGCAAGUGAAGGAGGCACGGAGACUGCUGAGGGACAUGGAGAGGAGAGGCGUGCCCCCCACACAGGCAGCAGUCAACAUGAUCGCUCACAUGCACUUUUUGCAUGCCGACCCUGACGCUGCCCUCUCGCUCCUGCACCAUGUGCGGGCGGCGCAGAAGCUGCCGAUGAACGCCGCCCUGCUGACGACGUAUGUGUGGGGGCUGGGGCAGGCUGGGCGGGUGGAGGAGGCGGAGGAGCUGCUGCUGGGGGCGGUGGGGGGCGGGGGGGGGAUGGUGGGGAGGAAUGGGGGGAAUGGGGGGGAAGGGGGCGAUGGGGGGGACGGGGAAGGGAUGCGUGUUGCAGCAGUGCAGCCGAAUGUGCGCACAUGGAAUGCUCUGAUGCAUGGGUAUGCCUUAAAGGGCGAUGCUGAUGCUGCUGAAGGCGUGCUGGGACUCAUGCGCGGGGAAGGAGGAGUUAUGAGCGGUGGAGAGCGGUUCGAGGCAGGAGGAGAAGGAGAGUUGGGGGUGGGAGGGAAUGUUGUUGGAGCAGGGGUUGGAGAGGAGGAGGAGGACGAGGACGGAGGGGAGAGUGAUGGGACUGCGGAAGGGUUUUGGGAUGGGGAUGAAGAGUACGAGGAGGGAGAGCGAGCGGGGGAAGUGAGAGAUGCAGAAGAAGCAGGUGAAUUCAGCAUGCGGCGAGAACACCAUUUGUGCCAUCAGCAGCAGCAACACCAACAGCAGCAUGAAGCUGAGAGGCCUCCCAAGCGCAAGGCUCGGUUCCCGUGGCCCAGUGUGCGACCCAACACAGUGACGUACACCACUCUCAUGGCAGCAUAUGCAGCGGCUGGGAGGAGUGCAGAGGUGUGGGACGUGUAUCGGGAGAUGCGAUCCCUCUCCAUCCCUCCCAACCACUUCACCUUCGCUACCCUCGUCUCCUCCUGCGCCGCCCGCAGCCGCCCGGAUUUGAUUAAGUCGGUGCUCGCUGACGUGGCGGCGUGUCAGCAGCGCGCUGAUGUGGCGCUGGUGACGAGCGUGCUGGCGGGUGUGGCGGGGUGCUGCAGCGGGAAGAAGGAGGAGGCGGGGAGCGUGCUGAGGUGGUUUCUGGGGGAGGUGGAGAGUGAGGGGGGCGUGGGAGAGGCAUGUGCAAGGCUGAUCCUGGAAGACGGGCUCUCCGAUGCUCAGGUGCUAGCUGCCACUCUCACAGACUGCCUCUGGACAUUUGGGCGGCACCGGAGGGCAGCUCUUGUCCUGUCUGCCGCCCUGCAGGCUGGGUUGAUGCAGGGACUGGGGGAGGUCUCAGGAGACGCACAGGGGAACAGGGAGAGGGGCAACACUGGGUGGGUGGUGGCAGGCCGAAAGGGCGCUGGAGAGGUGAUGACAACACCCAGACAACAAGGCAGAGGGGGUGCCACCGAGCUGGUCCACUUAGACGGCGACACGUGGCAGCUGGACGUGCGGCGGCUGUCGUAUGGAGGAGCAGCAGUGGCGCUGAAUCAGUGGCUGGUGAAGCUGCUGCACGUGGUGCACUGCAAUGACACUGCCCGGCGCCAGGUGGGCUCUGCUGCUGCUGCUAGCCGCGACAGCGUGGACGAGAGGAGUAGGAGCAAGGUGCAUCACCAACGAGACAACCCAAGCCAGAGGGGAGGGGGAUCCGUGCAGAGCAGCGAGACAGAGGGAGAGGCAGAAGCAACGGCAGUGGCAGGGGCAGGGGCAGAGGGAGAGACAGGGGCAGGGAUAGAAGCAGGGGGGCCGGAGUUGCUGGUGCAGCUGGCGCCGGCAGCAGCGUGGCAGCGAGUGCUGGUGAGAGUGACCGGAGGAGGGGGGGGAGCGAGGAGGAAGGGGGCGCCGGGAGUGGUGGUGGCGCCACACCAAGUAGUGGUGGUGACAGGGCAAGGGGGUCACAGCAGGUGGGGGGGGAAGAAAGGGGGCGGGCAGGGGGAGGGGCGGGUGAGGCAGGCGGUGGUGCAGGAGGUGGGGCGGCUGGGGCUGCCGUUGGGGGUGGGGGGGGCGGGGGCAGCAGCAUGGGGGGAAGUUAGUGGCGUUUGGGCCGGACCUGGUGGCGUGGCUGAGAGGCCCGCACGCUGCUGCCAUGCUGCAACUCGUGGACCAUGA